UAUAAGUAUAGAGAAACUGAGCCGUGGAUUCCAUUGCCAUCCCUGCCCCCGCCCAUCAAUUUAUCAGCACAAGCUCUGUCUGGUCCCUGUGUCUCCUGGAGUCCCAUGAAGAUCAUGAAUAUCCUCCAAAUCCACAACCUGAAACCCCAAUUUCCUUGUACUUUCCGAACUGUCCCCCAUCACUCCCUCUCUGGCUCCCUCAACUUCUCCCUCAGAAAAUCCACUCGUCUCUCUUCUUCUUCAUUUCUUUUAUUGCUCGUUACUCCCAUAAGACCCACCUUCAAAAUCUUCACAGUUUCAAGAAUUGAAGCUCCAUUUUUUGAAAACAAUGAAGAAGACGAAGAAGAAGACGAGGAGAGGAACUCAGCAACCAACUUAACAGAAUUCGAGGACUUGGCCCCAGACGGUGUGGUUUACCAGAACACACUGAGAUUGGUGGAGUGUUCAAUGUUUGCUGCUGUCACUGGUCUCGUUUAUUUCUUGAGCAAUUCUCUCUCAAUUGAGAAUUACUUUGGAUGCUUCUUCUCUUUGCCGAUAGUAAUCUCUUCGUUGAGAUGGGGUGUUGCGGGCGGAAGAAAAACUAUGGUGGCAACAGCUAUGCUCUUAUUUGUUUUGUCUGGUCCAGUAAAAGCCUUAACCUAUCUGCUAACACAUGGUUUAGUUGGUUUCACAAUGGGUUCUUUAUGGAGGAUGGGAGCGAAUUGGGGUCUUUCGAUUUUCUUGUGCACAAUUGCUCGGGCGACAGGUGCUGUGGGGUAUGUCUUAACAUCCUCGUUCUUAAUAAGAGAAAACAUACUUGCUUUGAUCACCAUAAAUAUCCAUGCUUCUCUCACAUUCAUAUUUGCCGCCGCUGGUAUUAAUACCGUUCCAUCAAUGAAUUUCAUAUAUUCUCUCUUUGGAAUUCUGGUCGUGCUAAAUAGUGGAUUCUUUGUAUUCUUAUUACACCUUCUAUAUUCUGUGUUCCUCACUCGACUUGGGAUGAAGGAUUCACUAAGAUUGCCAAGAUGGCUGGAGAAGGCCCUGUAGGUAACAAUUCUUUAACCAUGACCGUUUUCCAGUGGCAAACCUGCUCUUCCCCUCAUUAAUGUACACUAUGGUUGGGGCUUAGUUAUGGUCCAAUAAUCAUUCAAAUGCCUUUCUGUUCAAAGCCUAAAUGAAUUGAAUAGCUAAACCUUUAUCAUGCAUUGAAAAUCAUUUGUUGUGAUAGUGAAAUAGUUAAGAUGCGCUUAGAAUAGACAACUUGUCUCAAGUUGUCCCGACUUGUGUGAAGAUUAAAUGAUGCAUUACUUCACUUGCCCCUGUUAUAAUUUAUAAUACCCGGGAGAUUCUUUGUUUUUUCCUC